UAAAAAAAUUAUCUACUAUUUAAGUGAAUUGAUGUUAAGUAGGUCACUGAUAUUAAAAAGAAUGAAAAUUCAGAAUGCGAGACUAAAAAGAGGCAUUGAAAAUAGAGCGCAUUCGUCCCAAUUAUGCAAUCAUUUCUAUUCAGUGUUUUAAAAGUACUUUUUUAUAGGAAUACUAGAUAGGUACAAUAUGUACUUGCAUUUGAACUAAAAUCCUUUUUAAAAAGCGGAGACUGAAAAAGCUCAUGUAUCUUUAUAUGAAAGAAGUAAAUGAUAAGUAGCAACCGUUUUAAUUCAGUUUGCAUUGAGUAAACCAAUAACAAUACAAACAUAGGCUAUUUUAAUUCGUUCAAUCAACAUAUCCUCACAUGUUUUGUUACACGAACGAAGCGACGGAUACAAAGUAGUAUAAUAAUCUUAAUAGAAUUAACAUAAAAUAUCUAUCACAUUUUACGCAAGAACCUUACCAGUUGAGUAAAUAUCAGAACAGAAAUAGUAUUUAACCUCGUUGUUAGACUAAAAAUAUAAUAUAUUACGUACUGUAAUUUUCUUUGCGGACGUCAAUUGUACGGUUCUGUUAAAAUGGGGUUAUUUUUUGCACUUGUUAUUUGUGCUGUUCUCGAUUUAUCGGUCGUUAGAAGUGCACGAAUACUAGCAGUAUUCCCGAGUCUGUUUUACAGUCAUCAUUUAUUUUAUCGCAAUUACAUUGACGCUUUUCUGGAUGAAGGACACGAAAUAGUCCUUGUUACUCCAUGUAGUAUGUAUUCUAAAGGAGAGAUACCAAGAAAUCUUACACUGAUCGAUGUACGGAACGUUUCUCUCAACCUAUGGACCGAAGGAUCGACAAAGAUUAUAGCGGAAAGCAAGAACGAUGUUCAAAUGUCACGGAAAAUAUUGGAAUUGAUUGUGCAAAUUAUCGAAAAACAACUCCAAACGGAUGAAAUUAAAAAUCUUAUUGGUGAUAAAAAUAAAACAUUUGAUUUGUUGCUAACAGAAGCAUUUAUAAAAACAACCUUAAUAAUCUCCCAUUACUUCAAGAUACCUGUAUUAGAAAUCAGUAGUCUUGGACAAUUGUAUGGAGAUUUCGAAAAUAUUGGAGCUCCUGUACAACCUCUAUUGUAUCCACGGCCUCAACGAAAAAGAAUUUACAACCUCACUAUUAUUGAAGAAAUAUCCGAAUUGUAUAAAGACUUUCAGCUUUCUAAUAUAUAUCGUGAAACAUUGGCUGGCAACUCAAAUGAAGUAUUAAAAAACACUCCGUUCGGUUCAACGCCCAGUAUUGAUAUUUUGCAGAACAAUGUGCAUAUGUUGUUUUUGAAUUCGCAUCCUGUCUGGGAAACCAACCGUCCAGUACCACUUUCUGUACUCUAUGCUUUUGGAGUACAUCAAAAACCGUACUCGAAAUUGCCCCAAGAUCUUUUAACGUAUUUGGAAUCUUCGGUCAACGGCGUGGUAUACGUAGCAUUUGGCACAACGGCGAAUAUAUGUCAAUACUCAGCAAAAAUGCAAGUACUUCUCAACGCGUUCUCGCAGCUGCCGUAUGAUUUCCUUUUAAAGUGGCCCGAAGAUGAGCUGCCAGGGAAACCGGAGAAUGUCAAAAUAGCUAAAUGGUUUCCACAGGCCGAUCUUUUGAAGCAUCCCAAGAUCAAGGCGUUCAUAACCCAAGGAGGCUUGCAAUCGACGGAUGAAGCUAUACAAGCCGGUGUACCGCUGAUAGGGAUCCCUUUGAUAUGGGACCAGUGGGGUAAUGCUGAAGGAUAUGUUCGUCACGGAAUUGGUGUAAAACUAGAGAUGGAACACAUAACAGAGGAGCAGCUAAUAGAAGCGGUGAACGCUGUUGUGACAGAUGACAGCUACCGGCGCAACACAGCGAGGCUGCGCGCGCUGCUGCGGGACGCGCCGCAGCGGCCGCUGGAGCGCGCCCUCUGGUGGACGCGCUACUUGCUGCGACACGGCGGAGCGAGCCACCUGCGCGCGCCCGCCGCCAACAUGUCCUACGCUGAGUACUUCGAACUCGAACUGUGUUUGAUAUUAUUCUCUGUUUUAUUUAUUUGUAGCAUUCUAUUAUACUGCUGUUUACGUUUUGUUUAUGAUAAGUAUGUAAUAUUGUUAUAUAAGCAGUGCUUUGUAGGCCUGAAAAGUAAAUUCAUAAAUGUAAAAUAUAGAUAUAUUUAAAACAAUACAAAUGAAGCCAGCGAUUUAUUAUGCACUAGCUUUUGACUUGACGUAAGCAUGGAUUUCAGAAGUAGAAAUAUCAAUAAAAGAAACCACUUAUAUAUGGCGUAUUAACAUAAAACAUACACCAUAUUUUAAAUGAGACCUUCAGGAACACGACUGUGAAAACAGUCUCCAAUUUGGUGCAAUAGUUUUCGUGUGAUUCCGGUACGAACAGAUAGACAAAAUUUUCAAAAUAUUUUGACUUCUGUUGCUGGUAAUAAGAACUCUUAUAUAAGUUUUUCUUAAAUAUAACCCAUGUACAGACGUUGUCCAGUUACCGUUUUAUUAUGUUAGUAAAUAUUUUAUAAUAAAUUUGUUUUUAUUAAAUAAUAUUAUUAACAUUACAGCUAACAACUA